AUGGAUACAACCAUCGAGGACCCUAUUUCCCCACUAUAUAGCGAGGUUCCUCUUGAUGCAUCGCACCGCGAAAUCCGCAUUCUCACACUCCACGCAGGAAAAUGGGAAGAUCCGAUCCGUUGCGAUCUCUCGUCUACCUCUCUUGAUAGCAACCCAGACUUUCAAGCGCUCUCAUACUCUUGGGGAACGGACUUGACUACUGUUGACAUCACAGUCAAUGACUGGCCAUUUCCCGUGCGGGAGAACCUCCGCACAAUACUGCAGCGACUCCGUCGGCCUGUCUUGGGAGAAAACUUGGUAUUGUGGGUUGACGCUAUCUGCAUUAACCAGUCAAAGUCGUCGGCUCACGCUAAUGCAGAAAGGUCAUCGCAGGUGAGCAUGAUGGCGACGAUAUAUUCGCGCUGUCGCGAAGUUCUCGUAUGGCUGGGGGACUGCUAUUUAGACCGAAAACAAUCCCUCCGAUUCCUAUCCCUCGGUCGUGGCAACAAGGAACUGCUCCUGGAGUACGCCAACGAUUUUCGACGGGACCCAAGGAAACUUGACUACUGCUUUCAUCUGGCUUGCUUCUUCUUUCUGUUAAAAGACGUGGGCACACAGCUGAACUACGACCGCUACGAAUUGCCCCCCUUCUGGGGAACCGGGCACAGGCAUAUUCUGUCCAGACUGCCCCAAUAUGGCAUUCCACCCACGACGGAGGCAUUCAAGGAAUUCUACGCACAGCGCAUGUGCGUGAUGUUGAGGUAUGUCUCCGAAUCGACCUGGGCAACGCGGAUGUGGACCCUGCAGGAGUUCGCCACUGCGCCGAAAGUCACCAUCUGUUUCGGCACGGCCGCAGUGCCACUGGAGACCUUUGUCAGGGUAACCGACAUCCAUGGCGAUGGCGGCGAUAGCGGUGAUAGCGACGAUGGCGAAGACGGCCGCGCAUUUUGGAACUGGGAAUUCUCCAAUCGCUUUGGCUCGCUCGUUUACGCUUUUCACCGCCACGCAACUCUUCGAAACGCAAUGGCAACCACCUGGCCAUGGGCUAGAUUGAAUCGCUAUUUGGGCCCUCUGUUAUCCCAGUUCACUCCUUCGCCAUUAUGGAUCCUGAGGAGGAUGGCGUGGAGAUCUUCAACCACCAUCUUCGAAUUGGUCGCAGCGUUCAGGGACUCGGAGGCGACCGACGCCCAUGACAAAGUCUAUGCCGUCAUGUCGUUCAUGUCGUUCGUCGGCAUCCCACUACCCAUGGAAAUCGACUACGCAAUCCCCGUUAAAAAAGUGUACAUCAAUGUCUGCAGCAACCAAAUUCUAACUUGCAAGAACGAGUCCGCCGCAUAUGAGCCCCUUGCGCCGCUUCGGUUUAGCCGCCACAAGAAUAAGUACAAGACUAGCCCCGACAAGAACGAGGGCAGGCCACUCCCCUCGUGGGUUGUGGACUGGACGAGCUACCCCUGGAACGACAACGACAUCAUUCCAAUCCCUACCAGAACACGUAAACUAUCUCCUGAGAUAGUCCCAUGGCUCCAAAUCAAGCCCUGCAAAGACCUAGAUCAAGACGACCGAACCGUUGAGCGUCCCACACGCAUGAUUGGGGCCACGAGAUACAACGCGACCAAAGGCAUCAAGGGAAACCCUCCCUCCAUCUCUACAGACCACAUCCUCACCGUGUCUGGUAUGGCAAUUGGCACCGUUCGCGAGGUCGCCUUGGUCAGCCGCCAUGCGGCCUGGAAACUUGCCAGGGCCGGCGAGGGGGCGAGCGACAAAGAGCGCCGAGACCGAAGGGCUAUGGUGCUUCGAACGCUUGCCGCCGACAUGCUCGACCAGCCUGUGGACUGGGCUCGCAUCGGAGAGUUCUGGGUCAGCCUCCUCGAGGCCUUGGAGGUUGCUGAGAUGAGGCUGGGCGAGGAGACGAAUAACGGGAUGAGGAUGGGGCCUACCUUUUUCGAGGACGUGGCUAUGCGCGCUGGGAAGACCAUAAGAACUAGAUGCGGCUUUGCUCUCAGUCCCAAACGUGCAUCUGAGCACCCGGGUAAGAAGCACGGGGUUGCCAGGUCUGCUCGGCAUGGGUUAAAGCCUCUGCUAUCCUCAUUGAACCUUCCGGAUCCCGAGACACUGCCUCCGCGACCAGAUGGCUCACGGUCUCACCCGCAUCUUGCGGUGCAGAAGGGCUCGGCCUGUAGGCACUGCGGUCUCCGCUCCGUCAGCGAGAAGGUUCUGGUAACUCAUCUGAAGAAGGAACAUCGCGAUGAACUGAAGAUCGCGGCCCGGCAGCAGACCCGGCACUGGCUGCGAGACCACAUUCGGCAGGGCCUUUCUUUCCAGAGCUGGGCAGCGAACGACAUCCGAAGGUCAUGGCUUGUCAUCACCGACGAGCCCCUCAACCAUGGUUCACUGCAUAGCAGCGUCCUACUACAGGCCAGCCCUGACCCCGUCAAGCACCCUGCAAUGAAGCUGUUUGACGAAGAGCGCGCCCGGCUGGAGCAUCGGCAGAGCGGCGAUCUAAUGCUGUAUGGCAGUAGGGCGCCAGCAUUAUCUUCCACCUUGCAGACGAACUGGAUGCGACGCGCAGGAUGGGGGGCGUUGUUCCAAGAUGCGCGCCGCGAUAUCCUCGUCUCUCUGACGGAACUCCCCGCUCGCAGGACCGACCGGUCCUUGGCGCUAGGGGUAAUCGACGGGCAAGCAAUCUGUAGCUUGGCGAGGGACGAACGCAAGUUAGCAUCAAUGAUGACGGCACUUGAUCGUCUCUUGGACCAAUGCGGCGAUACCGCCAGGGGAACCCUGAGGAGGUGGCUUCGUGGCAGGUUUCCAGACCGCCCCUACAAGGCGCCCUUUGAGCUGGUCUCCAAGUCCUCUUCCGAAACACUAUUAGGGAAAACCCGACUAGACCUAGAGGCAGAAAAUUGA